AGCCAAGACACAGACGAUUCUGACUCUUCACUUAAAGCUUUCAGCUGUACCAGAAUCAUGAGUAAAUCCUCCAUUAGCACAGAACAGGAGCUGCGCAGAGGGGACUGUCUCGUCAGUAACAAUGGGAACUACAAAGCAGUGUUCCAGGAGGAUGGUAACUUUGUCGUGUACAAGUGGACUCCAGUUUGGGCGACUAACACUGUCAGUACAGACCCCAGACGCAUCGUUCUGCAGUCAGACACAAACCUGGUGAUGUACAGCACGGACAAACCUUUGUGGUGCACAGGGAACCACAAUAAAGAAGGCUCCCAACGCCUGCGUCUGACCAUGACUGACCACGGCCGGCUGGAGGUGGAGGAAGAGUGGAAGAGUGAUCUGGGAUCAUGAGAGGGGCCGUGUCAACCAAGAGUAGUCUGAAUG